GGACCGACAGUUGUAGCCCGCGCUCCCUCUCGGACGGACGGACGUACGGACGCACUAGGCGAGAAACGAGACGCCGAUGCGAUAGAUAGAUAGACGACGAGUAGUAGUUGUCGUAGUAGCUGCCACCCGUUUUUGGCGGUAGUAGAAGUAGUAGUAGUACCAUCACAUCAGCAGACCGCAGCAGGGAAAAGCGGUUCGUUCGUCGUUGUAGAAGCAGCUGCAGCAGCCGCGGGAGACAGACAAAAAACAACCCCCGCUAGCGACUCUGAGUGGUAGCGGUUGUUGUUGGUGCACCCGCAAACCCUCCGCACGCACGCUCAACUCACACGCUCUGAGAGUUGUACUCAGCCUCCCAUCAUCCUCUGCGUCAUUGUGUGAUUGGGGAACAGCCCAAUCGAUACAGGGUGCGGAUCAUCACUAUCAGAAUUCACGUCGACACCAGUUGUUUGAACUUGAUCAAUGAAAACGUCUUAGCUGCAAAUGGACUUUAUCCUUUACCACAUUCUCCUGAACUCAACACAAAGCAACCCUUGGAAUUUGAACGUUUAAUUUGCGCGUUUUUCUCUUGAUACGGAAAUAAUUCUUCUGAAUCCUGAUGAAGUUGAUUUUGUGACAACAAGUUGGUGUUGUUGUUUUUUUUUCAAUUGAAACAACAACUUGAUGUUUUCGUUCGGACUUGUGACUUGUUGAUGUUUACCCCGUGUUUCAGGGAUUGAUAAAUUAAGCGGCACAAAUGCCUUUCGCAAAGAUCAUGGCCUCUACAGCAAAGCUCUCGCCAUUGUCAUCGGCAUCAUCAGCGUCGCCGACAGCUUUACCUCCAUCGUCUUUGACAUCAUCAUCUUUGUCAUCUUCAACAUCACCGACUUCGGUUUCAACUUCUGCAGCAGCAGCAACGUCAGUAUCUACAAUCAGUAUUCCCGUGAGUGCCUUCCACGACCCUAACAGCAAUGUCAUCACGAUCACACCGUACAUUUUUGUCAAAACUGCCACAGUCGCAGAGCAGAUGCAGGCUCUGAGACAGGACAAGAAGCUUGGCAAACCACCAGAGCAGCCAGCCGGGGCCAUGAGGGUCAAAAGACGUACUGACCUCAGUAAACUUGGUCUACCAGACGCAAAACCCGCCUCUGUGUCUAGAAGAAACGCCCGAGAGAGGAACAGGGUGAAGCAAGUCAACCUCGGAUUUGAGACUCUCCGCGAUCAUGUCCCGGAUGGGAAAAAGGGAAAGAAGAUGUCCAAGGUGGAGACGCUUAGGUCUGCGGCUCGCUACAUUAAAGACUUGUACACCAUUCUUCACGGAGAGUUGCCAGAACUAAGUUCACCCACAGUUUUGGACGAGGCAGACCCUGGCAGCCCACUCGACAACAGUGUGUGUUCUAUCAGCGAUAAUGACAAUGAUCUCAGUGCCGCCAGCCCAGAACCACUUGUUCAACAGUAUCAACAGCAACAAAAAGCACAGCCUCAGCAACAGCAGCAACAGCAGCAGCAACUUCAGUCUCAAGAUCUUCAGCAGACUCAGCAGCAACAGAAUCAAGACGUGGUUGAUUUGACUUCUACUAUUUCGCCGUCAAAUUGCAGUCCGCUGUUGUCUCCUAAGCGGCAAGUGUUUUCUUCACAAAAUCAAGACUCGCUGGACAUUGUCAGUCAGAUAUCUCAACAGCUCCAGCUCCAGCAACAUCAACAACAGCAACAACAACAGCAGCAGCAACAACAACAGCAGCAGCAGCAACAGUUACCACAGCAGAAACGACAACAGCAGCAAAUUGUGUCCAAACCGGCUGAGAAAAUGUCCGUGCUCAAACAACAACUUAGCCGCAAUCAAAACCAACCUAUGGACACUCUCCACAGACAGCUAGAGCAGCAGCAACAGUUGCUUCAGCAAAACCAACUCCGCCUGCAAAGGCAACAGCAGCAGCAGCUUCAGCAGCAACAGCAACAACAGCAAGUCGAACCACAGACCCUUCAGCCGUCUAUCGACCCGUCGGCUCUACGCUUUGACCAGCUCACCUGUACCACCAUGUCCAGCAACCUCAUCCCCAGCCCAACCACCAACAACAGUGCCGACAACAACACGGCUGACGCCAUCAUCAUCGACUCUACCACCCACAGCAGUGUCGGCCAUCACAAUAAUACGUUUACAGAACUCUCCCCAGUGUCUAUCAUAGACGACCCAUGCGAUAACUACAUGGAUCUCACGCCUUCAGACACCGGAGGUUUUACCAACACACCGCUCACCAACACCACACCUGACUCAACGCACCCGUCACUGUCCCUGUCACUGAUGGGCAACGACAACAACAUCACCACCACCACCAUCACCAUCAAUAACAACAAUAAAAACAACAAUAACAACAAUAACAACAACAACAACAAUCUCAUCAACAACAAUAACUGUAAAAACGCGGAAGAUGUACCCAACUCCCCCUCCCUUCUCCAAUCGUAUAUCUCCGACGUGAACAUGAACGUUAUAGACCCCACCCCGGGAACAACCUCAACCACGGACUUCGACGCUCUACAGAAUUACUACAAAUCUAUUCGAGCCGAGCACUUCAAAAACAUCGACUCUACCACGUUUGUGUUCGAACCCCGACACGCUAACGGACUUACCGCCCUGGGGGGCAUCUCCCUCCCUAACGGCCAGACGUCCAGCGCAGUCCUAUCCCCCGCACCAAGCCUGGGUAGCACAACGUCCACCAGCAGCUCAGAAGGCGAACUUUGCGCUAACAAGUCAUACGACUACGAAAAUUACGACACUCUGGACAGAGAGGCUCUCUUAGACAUUUCCAACUGGAUCAGUGAGCUGUGCCAAGACGGGAUGCAGGCCAAUGGUGAGUUGGACUCUAGCUGGAAUAUGGAAUAGAAGAUAAUUCGAGAGAUAAUUCAUAAAUAAUUAUUAUAAAUAAAUAAUGAAUACAAAGA